AUGGAGCGUGUACUUUCCCGACCGAGAUAGACGGUGAGUGGUAUAGCGCACACAAAGGGAUACUGACCUUCAACUCCACCACAAUGGCCGGCUACCCCAUCGCCAUGUCAGCUCUAGUUCCCUCCCUUGAUUUUACGUGUGAGGAACAAAGUGGUUUUAAAUACUUACUCAGAGCCACGGAGACAGCGUUUAUAUUUGGAAACAACUUUCGAGGCUUCCUGUGUAUAGAUCUACGCCGAGUAUCACAGUACAAGUACUAUUACUACAUGGGCACAAAAAUAAGUUCCACCAACAAUGACAACAUCUACGCCCGAGUAGACGGGGUAACUGUGGCUAUGGCUGAUGCUUGUAACGAACCAGAGCCUUAUCAUGAUGGAGCCUUCAUCACACUCAUCAAAAACGGUUCCGUCGAAUCUGGCCACGCACAGGCCACUUGCCCAGAACAACUCCUGGCUAAGUACGACAAUGUUACUGUAUCAAAUGCGGCAGAAAGUACACCGUGCACCGGAAGUACAGUUGACGCAUGCUCUGACACGACAAUUCUAAACCACACGUAUGCCUCGUGUACAUCAGGUCUUAUAUUCUCAAGCGGAGGCUCCUUGACAUGUCUACAUUCUGUCGUCAGUGACAACUUCACGUAUCUGUCCGUGUGGAACAAUGACGUCACGGUAGACGGCUCCACGACAUACCGAUUCAGCUGUUUUGUGAUCUCCCAGACUGGAGAAGUGACGUAUGCUACAGAAGUGCCUAACUAUUGUACAGACUCCACCCAGACCUCCACAUCUGUCACCAGUCCAGGGAUCGUCCAUGUCUACUCCUCUAGAACAGAAACCUGUGUUGCAACCUCGGCCCUGCCUGACUAUAUGACGUACAUUAUAAUCAUCGUAGUUGGUUUUGUCGCACUCGUAGUACUUAUCAUUGUCAUGGUAAUAUGCAUCAAGAAUCGAAAGAAACUGAAAGAUUGUUGCAGGAGACGUUGCCGAAAUAAGAAAGAGAAAAGGAAAAGUUCUGGUACAAGUUGUCACUCCCGGAGAGGUCUGACGCCGUUAGAUGCCAAGCGCAGAGAGUGGCGUAUAAAUAAAAUCAGUUUGAACAUGAUACAGCCGGUGGGCAAAGUAGAGCUACUUUAUCAUACACGUCCUUCUAUUAAAAAUAAUAACUCUAGACGGUCCUCGUUGAGCAGUAUUGCUAGUUUUGGGAGCAUGUUCAGUCUGAACUUCAAGUCGUGAGCGUGUCUGUGACUAUGAUAUGUAUCUGACACUGGUGCUAUAGGAUAAACCAUUGUAUAUACAAUGUA